AUGUUUGGACCUAUAGGUGGCAUCCUUUUCGCUCUCUGUGUGGCAGCUAGUUGCUUUGGAGCUGCGAAUGGUGGUAUAUUUACAGGUUCAAGGUUAAUAUAUGUCGCCGGUCGCGAAGGAUAUUUGCCUACUUUAUUCGGUAAAGUGCAUGAUAAAUGGAAUACCCCAACAGCAGCAUUAAUUAUGCAGGCCACAUUAACGAUUAUAAUGAUUAUUCCGGGUAGUUUCACUGGUCUAUUGAAUUUUGUUUCUGUGGCGGGUUGGGUAUUUUAUUUCCUUACGUCAUUCGGGCUUUUUAUUUUAAGAUGGAGAGAACCUAACUUAGAAAGGCCGUAUCGAGUGUGGCUUAUUACUCCCGCUAUAUUUUGUUGUGUUGCUAUAUUUUUGGUUGUUAUGCCAUUUACAAGAGUACCUUUAGAAUCACUUUCCGCAUUUGGAUUUAUUCUUGCUGGUGUACCAUUUUGGUAUAUAAGAGUAAAAUGCAAAGAUUCUUUUACUACCGAAGAUCAUGGCAAGAAUAUAUUUAAUGAUGU